AGAACCGAAGGGGAAGAAGGAAGAAAGAGGAGGAGGCGGAGGAGCAGCAGGGCAGUAUAAAUAGGGCCGCCGAAGAAGGGUUGAGGCAGUACGACUCUUGCUCCCACCAAGGCAGGACUUCACUCGACCCUCUCCUCCUCCAUUCUAGGCCUUUAAAAUGAAGAUGUACAUGGCAGCCGUGGCGGUGGCGGUGAUGGCAGCCUCCCUCGUACAGGCGCACCCCCAGAGCUACGACUACCAGCCCCCUCAGCCCCCCCAGCCCCCUCCCCAGCAAAGUUACAUCGCCCCCCAGGCCAGCGACCGCGUCAACGAGGUGCAGAAUAACUACAACUACGAGCCCCCCCAGCCACCCCAGCCCCCUCCCCGCCAGGGCUACCUCGCUCCCCAGCCCAGCGACCGCAUCAACGAGGUGGUGGAGCAGCAGGAGGGCAUGCCUUACGACUUCGAGUGGGGCGUGCAGGACCAGGACAGCGGCAACGCCUUCAGCCACGUGGAGAACAGCGACGGACAGACGACCCAGGGGGAGUACCGCGUCCUUCUCCCCGACGGACGCACCCAGGUGGUGAAGUUCUUCGACAACGGUGACGGCUACAACGCAGAGGUCACCUACGAAAGGAAGUAACCAGUCUUACGUCACACCCACCAUCGCUCCCUCACGCAUUAACCCCUCACGAACGUUUUGUGAUGUUGUCCACGCUUAUGACCAUGUAUAUUUAUGAUCAGCUGUGCAUUAGUUUAAAAAGGAGUAUUUAAAUAAAGGAAUGAGAUGAUUUUA